AUGAAAAAUAAUCAAAAUAUAAAAAUGGAAAAUGUUGAUACUUGUGCUGCUAAGAUAGUCAGAAGCCAAACAGAAUAUGACGUGGAACUGGCCAUGGUAAGUAUCUUAAGAAAUCUAAUUAGCUUUGAAAAUUGAACACGUUUUUAUUUUUUGAUCAAUGAGUGGCGACCUCGCGGCUCAAUACCUCACGUAAAGACAGUCAUUUUGCAAUAUUGCUACUAUACAACCCUGUUUGUCAAGAACAGCGUUUGACCUGUUGGAUGCAGGUUUUAUUCGCCUGAGGUUCAUUUUAGAACGCGGCUCAUUUAGCUUGUACAAAUGGGAAAAAAAUGGCCCAAGUGAGAAUCGUCAUUAGAGUAUCUUUAAAUACUUUAAUGUUGUUUCAGUUAAGCUCGCAAGCAGUAAAUUGUGAUUCUUCAUAACCAUACUCAUGCAUGACACUGAUUGUGAAAGUGAAAAAUGAAAGACCAUAUUACUGUAUUAAUUAGAGCCAUUUCCGUGGUUCAAAUCAGCCCAAUACGAGCAGGUUUUCUUGUCUACAGGGUGUCCCAAACCCCCAGAACUAUUGAAAGAACGUAUUGUUAGAAUUUGAAUGUCUUAGCACUCUGCUGAAACCACAAGUGCAUAAAAGUUUGACAUCAGUAAAUGUUAUGCAUAAAGAAACUGUUUAAGGCCUGUUUUAUACGUCGCAUUUUACAUGUGCCGAAUGCAUUCAAAACAAUAGAUAAUCAGCUGAAAUGCCUCAUUAUCCAUUGUUUUGAAUGCAUUCGGCGCAUGUAAAAUGCGACGUUUAGGCCUGUUUUAUACGUCGAAUUUUGGUCGCGUCGAAUGCAAUUAAGACAAUAGAUAAUGAGAUAAUAAACCUCAUUAAGCUUCAUUAUCUAUUGUUUGAAUUGCAUUCGACGCGACCAAAAUUCGACUUAUAAAACGGGCCUAAGAACUGGCUUAAAAGCUGCUUUAAACUCCCAAGAGCAGAAAAUCGUGCUCUUUACAAAGAUAUUUUAAUUUCUUAAUAAGUCAAUAUUUAUAAUAUAUGCACGCUGUCAAUAUUUUACGCAUCUUUGCGUUCAGAUUAGUGCAUAAUCUUUCGAGACAUGGUCCGGAAACUCAGUAAACUUCAAAGCGGCUAUAAUGAGCUGGCAGUUUAAACUUUAUGUUGAGCCGUACCUUACACCGUGCACAUCCUGUUUUAGGUUUAUUAAUUUAAUAUUUCAAUAUCAUGGUUGAAUGACUGAACUGAAACGUUGCUAUUGGAUGAUUCGUUUAUUAUACUGAAAUACAAUGUGUUCAUUGACCGUGCACCGUGCACAAAACUGCAUAAACGCGAACAAAAAGAUAGAACAAAGACUUUAGCGGAGUUUUCAAACCAUGUUUUGAAAGACUAUGAUUAUAGACGCUUUGAAGUUUACUGAGUUUCCAGACCAUGUCUCGAAAGCUAUGAUCAGGACAAAGGGCCUGUUCAUAUAUGAGUAUGACUGUUUUUAUAUCCAAUUCAAUUAGCCUUUCUCAUGCCGCCAUUUUUGGGUGGCUUUUCAGCCGAAGUCUGUGAGACAUAACAGUGACUUUUUACAGUUUUUUGGACGAUUGAUGGUAAAUUUGCUUUGUAAAUGGUUAGUUUAUUUUGAAAAAUUGGUUUUCACAUUGUUUUAAUUGUCUGCAUCGGUUAACGAGAAUUAGACGCCACCCAAAAAUGGCGGAUAUUCGUCAUCGUGAGAAAGGCUAAUUGAAUCAACAACCGAAUAAUUAUGCACUGCAUUCAUGCGUGCAAACAGUAAGACUUGACAAUAUCAUCUUGAACUCUGAGCACUGUCCUAUGAAUCACGCGUUUAACUGACUGAAAAUAUAUAUGUCUCAAACUAUUCAGGCAGAAUCUGAACCCAACAAAGUUCAAACUACACUGACGUAUAAACAAACCAAGCUAAACCUAAGCAGACCCAGCAUCAAACAUACGAGUGAAACAAAGAGAGGGUACAAUUAUACAAAGCCAUGUCAACAUAGCAAGUCUAAACAAACUGCAGGAAACGAGCGUAAGCAGACGGAGUGUGUAGCAAGCAAACAAGAUGUUGUAUCAGAGGUUCCUGCUAUUGUGACAUUACCAGAGAUCAGGAGAGUUUUAGGCGAAGAAGGAGUCACUAAAAUUGUGGUGGAUCUUGAGACGUCUUCUCGAGGUAUACAGUAGGUUGGUUUUAUUGUCGGCUAUAUACAGUGAGCUAAACACUUGACUUGGCUACUAUAUUUCAACUUUGAAUUGACAUACAGGAUGUAACCAAGUGUCCGACAUUUUAACAUUUAUAGCAAAGAUACUCUUGUCAAAGUGUUUGCAAUUGUAUCAGGCUUAUAUUUGAAUAUCUUAGACCGUAUAAGUAUAUAGAUAGUUUUCUUCCACGUGGUUGCAGACUCAUAAUUUUCAUUCGCCAAACCUUAUAUAUUUAGGGGCAGGUGAAGAACGUAACAACACUUUUAACUUUUGUGUUCAGGAAGGAUUUUUUCAAAAAUCAUACUAAAAGUGCUUUGCGCUAAAAAAAUAAUGGUUUAAAGCAUACCUACUUUGAAUUCAGAGGGUGCAAGUGUGGUCAAAGCACCAGAUAAUUUCAUGUAGAUUUAGUCCACCGCGCGACCUCUAAAACAUGGACUUUUUGCGAAUCAUAAUUCUUUUAACUUUUUGUAGAGCCGAGUGCCCAUGCAUAGAAUCAAGGCCAAAGGCUAGUUUCCACUCAGGAAAAUUAUCCAUGGAUUGGAACGGACAAGACAAUUUUUCUUUGUGUUAAAGUCAUUCUAGUUCCAACCCAGAGCUCACAAGACAAAGAAAAAUUUUCUUGACCGUUCCUAUCCACGAAUAAUUUUCCUGAGUGGAAACUAACCUUAAAAGCCCAUUUCCACUCACGAAAAUUUUCCACGGAAAGAAAAAAUUGUAAAAUGUGAUUGGCUGACACAAAUUUUAACAAUGAUAUUUUCGGGAAAUUUUCUGUCCAUGGAAAAUUUUCUUGAGUGGAAAUGGGUCCGUUACAUAAAAAUGGCCUGGUGUAUUUUGAUGGUUCAUGAACACUUUCCGCACUCGCACCCUAUGAAUUCAAACCUUCAUUUUUGUGUCCCUACCCCAUUUUAGAGUGUUAGCAUUUCAAACUAUAGGGCCUGUAACAUUACCCUGCAUUUCUGGGAUGAACUACGAGAGAUUUUUUGAUGUACUGAAACACAUCACGCUGUUGCAGGUUUCAUAAAAAUUACGGUUCUUUUUCUAUUUUCAUUUGAAAUAUUGCAUGCAGAUUGAGCCCAUUAAGCACUAGACUCAAUUACCAGCCGUGUGGCCUUCCCCGAAUGCCGGCUGGUAUAAUCGAGGUUAAUUAAGCACCCGCCUUUUAAGGCCAUGUUACACGGUGCAAUUUUUCUUGCAACUUGCAAUGCAAUUCUACUCGAGAGAUGUUAAUUAGUGAAAUCAGUGAAAAUUUUUCGAUAUGUUAAGAAAACAUCAGCGGAGUGUAAUGAAGACUCGUAUUUGGCAAUUUUACAUCUCUCAAGACUACAAUUGCAUUGCAAGUUGCAAGAAUAAUUGCACCGUGUAACAUGGCCUUUAAACUCUUAUGGAAUUUACUUAAUCAAUGUACACAUCUAUGCCCACCACCUGGCCUGCGAACAGGUUAGGGUACGAGAUUGUGUACAUACAAGACAGUCUUAUGCAACUAAGGCAGGUAUCUCACAAUGUUUUCAAUAUUUCACAGCUGAAGACACUGAAAUAUGUCAAAUUGCUGCAACCGAUGGUUUAGAUGAGUUCAACGUUUAUAUUAUUCCUAAAGGCCACAUUACAUCUGGGGCUUCGGCAGUGAACAAACUGUGGAAGAAACGUGGAAUAUUAUACCAAGGCGAAGAACGUGUGAACGGCGUAUAUCUGAACGAGGGACUUUCGAGACUUGUGGCGUGGCUUCAACUGAGAAUGCCAUGUUUACUCAUUGCUCACAAUGCCAGAACAUUCGAUGCAAGACAUUUACUCAACGCGGUUGCAGCGUGCAAGCAAAUGCACGAGUUUUCACAGAAAGUUCUUGGAUUCUCGGAUUCUUUGACCGCAUUCCGUGAACGGUUUCCAGAAAGGAAGACUUAUGCUCAAACAACCUUGGCGAAAGAUCUCUUGGAUGCGACAUAUAAUGCGCAUAAUGCUCUCGACGACGCACGCAUGCUUCAGAAACUUGUAUCUAAAUUUAUAUCAGACGACUUACUGCUAAAACACAGUUUCACUGUUUCCUGGUACAGGGAUUACCUCGCCCACUCACGAAUGACGCAAGAAAAUUUCAAAAGCUUAAAGCCACUUCUCAAGGCUGGAAAGGUUUCCGAAGGAAUGGCCAUGAAGAUUGCCAGAAGUGGACUGAGGAUGAAUCAUAUGGAAUUUACUUACCAAAAUGGUGGAGUAGAAAAUCUAUGCGGUGUUUUAACCGAGCUCCAUGAAGGAAAACCACGAGUGACCAAUAAUAAGAGAAUUCUGGCGGACAUUUGUAGUUUCUUCGAAGAAAACACGAAAGUUCAGAAAGUUGGUUCACCUCCAAACGAGAAGAAAUCAUAG